AUGGUGCCGCCUCCUCCAUUUGUCCUGAACGAGGACCCGGAACGCGUAAAGGAAACCCAGACGGCCAUGAUAAUAGGUGUCAUUACAGCGGUCCACUCAAUCGCCCUGCUCGCCGUUGUCGUCAGGACGUACAUUCGUCUCGUUAUAUUGAGAUCUCCUGGUGUCCAGGAUGCGCUCAUGGUGAUCUCUGCUAUCACCGCCUUGGUCGGAACAAUCAUCCUGUUCAUGCAAGUACCAUACGGCCUGGGCAGACACGCCGAUACCAUCCCGCGACCCGAUCUUGCCGCAAUAGGAAAAUUCAGCUUCAUACAUACAGUCGUCCCUCUCCUCGGUGGCAUCGGAUUCCUCAAGAUCUCGAUAGCGCUUGAGCUGAAGAAGUUCAACGGCAGUAUAUGGCGUUGGUACAACAUCACUCUGUGGUGCUUGGUUGCAUUUGUUGUUGCGUAUACAUUCGAAGCGUGGAUGUCGUUCAUCUUCUUCUGCCAGCCUGUUGCCAGGCAGUGGGACCAGUCGCUCGACGGGUCGUGCUACUCGAUCGACAUGUUUAUCAAAUUUGGUCUUGCCAACACGGUUUUUAACAUCCUCACCGAUGUCGCAUUCGCGACGCUGCCGAUCCCCAUUGUCUGGUCUCUGAAGAUGCCGGUCAAGACGCGUGUCUACCUCAUUCUAGUGCUCAGCCUCGGAUACAUUGCCGUCGCCAUGGGGGUUGUCAAGGCCAUCCAUCAGAUCAACUUCAACCCAAUGGGCGACAACACAUUCGGCUACGAUGUUCAGUUCUGGGGUCUCCUACAGCUCAAUGUUGGCAUCAUCGCCGCAUGUGCACCCUCUCUGAAACCGCUCGUCAAGAACAUUCUGCGUCUCAAGUCGGUCACCCCUCGGUACGGCUACACCAACUCGGGCCACCGUAGCAACAACAGUGGCGUCUACACCGUCGGGGGUGGAUUUUCUGGUACCCAUGGCUACGCCAGGCAGGGUAACCGCAGCGAUCACGCGCCCGAGGGGUUCGAAAUGCGCAGUGCACACCGUGGUAAAAAUGGUGAGGUUGCGUAUACGACAGCGGUGGGGAAGAAAAAUCGCCAUGCGCCGCCGGAUGUGUACGCGUCGCGGGAGGGUAGACAUUCUGGCAAUGAGAGCAGUGGAAGCCAGGAGACGAUCCUGCCACUGCAGGGUAGCAAGAGUAGUGUGAGAGCAACUGAGGUCAAGAUAUCACUGUAG